AUGAAGCGGGAAUUGGCUUGUGUAUUGGAGGGCCAGACGCUCGCUGAUUCAGUGGCUGGGACUAAGACCGAGUCCCAGACGAGUCCUUUUGUGCGUGUUUAUGAGAGAGUUAAUUAUAAGAGGUUUAAGGGUGCGGUUGUGAAUGGUGUGAUUGUUUAUACCCGAGAGAGAAGGGCUCGGAUCAAUGGCGGUAAUGGGGUUUCGGGUGGCGCAGAGAUAAAUGGGUUUAAGAGCUCGGAAAAGCCGAGAAUUGACGGAAGCCCUUCUCCUCAAUUAGUUGAAUGUUUAGUUAAAGAUGAGGCAAAUGGCAAUUUGGAGAUACCCAGGUGUAGAAUUGAGGGUGACAGUGAGCAGUCAUGGCCUCCGGGUGAUGAGCACGAUUUGGAAGCUGACUUGGUUGAAGUUAUAGUUAAAGAUGAUCCCCAUUAUCAUGAGGGAGAAACGGAUACAUCAGGGUCUACUGUGGAAAAUGCAUCUGGGUCUGUGCCAGUUGAAGUGAUAUCAAAUAUAGAGGGGGAAGAUACAGUUGGAGUUGGCUUGCUGGCAUCGCCACUUAAGAAUAAGCUAGAAUUGAAAAUGUCAAAGAAGAUUGUGCUGGACAGGAAACCUACAACAGUCAAAGAGCUAUUUGACACUGGGUUGGUUGAUGGGGUGCAAGUUAUUUACAUGGGCAGCAAGAAGGCCUUCGGUCUGCGGGGCACAAUAAAGGAUGGUGGGAUUUUGUGUUCAUGCAUACUGUGCAACAGCUGCAGAGUUAUUCCACCAUCCCAAUUUGAGAUUCAUGCUUGUAAAACAUACAGACGAGCAGCACAGUAUAUUUGUUUUGAGAAUGGAAGGAGUCUGCUUGAUCUCUUGAAGUCAUGCAGAAUUGCUUCUUUGCAAGCAUUGGAGACAACAAUUCAAAAGUUCAUUAGUUCUUCACCCAUGGAGAAGUAUUUUAGUUGUAAAAAAUGUAGUGUGUCUUUUCCUCCAUACUGUGCACUGGGUGAUGGAUCUCUGUGCUAUUCUUGCAUGGAACCGAAGCAGCCUGAGUGCAGUCUAACUCAUGAGAAUGGUAACAGUCUCAGAUCCUUGAUGCCUGUUUCAAUCUCGAAGUCCUCAAAUAGUGCAAUCUCAAAGUCUCUGAAAAGUGCAAUCUCAAAGUCCCUGAAAAGUGCAAUCACGAAGUCCCCAAAAAUUGCAAUCUCAAAGUCCCCCAGAAGUGAAAUCUUAAAACCCCUGAGAAGUGCAAUCUCAAAACCCCUGAAAAGUUCAAUCUCAACUCCCCUGAAAAGCGCAGUGUCAAAAUCCCCCAAAAGUGCUCCACUCUAUUUGUCACUGAAAAAGAAGACCCAGUUGAAGACAAGAAAGUCAUCAACACCACUUUUGAUCUCAGAUCCCUCCAAAAGUGCUUCUCCAGAGUGUUCAGAUUGUAAGAGUAGAUGGAAGAUAACACCAAAAUCAUCUAAACCAAUUCUGAUCUCAAGGCCCCUCGGUUCUUCUUCGGUGUAUUUUUCUUCACUGAAGAAAAGUCAGUGGAGGAUUACGACAAAAGAUCAGCGGCUGCAUAAGUUGGUAUUUGAGGAAGGUGGAUUGCCUGACGGAACAGAAGUAGCAUAUUAUGCACGUGGGCAGAAAUUACUAGUUGGUUACAAAAAAGGAUUUGGAAUAUUUUGCCGUUGCUGCAACAGUGAGGUCAGCCCGUCACAGUUUGAGGCCCAUGCAGGUUGGGCCACACGCAGGAAACCCUAUGCAUACAUUUACACAUCUAACGGAGUGUCUCUCCACGAGUUGGCUUUAUCUUUGUCAAGAGGUCGGAAAUAUGCAGCCAAGGAUAAUGAUGACUUGUGCAUCAUUUGUGCAGAUGGUGGGAAUCUUGUGCUUUGUGAUGGAUGCCCAAGGGCCUUCCACAGAGACUGUGCCUCUCUACCAAGUGUUCCUCGUGGUGACUGGUAUUGUAAGUUUUGCCAAAAUAUGUUUCAAAGAGAAAAGUUUGUGGAACAUAAUGAAAAUGCUGUUGCCGCUGGAAGGAUUGAUGGAAUUGAUCCUAUAGAACAGAUAACCCAAAGAUGCAUUCGUAUUGUCAAAGACAUAGAAGCUGAACUAACUGGAUGCUUUUUAUGUAGAGGUUAUGAUUUUAGCAAAUCAGGAUUUGGUCCACGAACUAUUAUACUUUGUGAUCAGUGUGAGAAGGAAUUUCAUGUUGGCUGUUUGAAGAAACAUAAAAUGUCAAAUUUAAAGGAAUUGCCAAAAGGGAAGUGGUUUUGUUGCGCAGACUGCAGCAGAAUUCAUUCUAUUUUGCAAAAGUUGCUAACUAGAGGAGCUGAGAGGCUUCCUGACUCUCUUUUGGAUGUUAUAAAGAAGAAGAUGGAGGCAAAUGUUUUGGAGGCUGUCAGUGGAUUUGAUGUGAGAUGGAGACUUAUUAGUGGCAGAAUUGCUUCUCAGGAAUGUCGCUUAUUACUUUCAAAGGCUGUUGCUAUCUUCCAUGAUUGCUUUGAUCCUAUAAUUGACGCUGAAUCUGGGCGAGACCUUAUUCCGGCCAUGGUUUAUGGAAGGAAUGUUAGGAGCCAAGAAUUCGGGAAUAUGUUCUGUGCAAUACUGAUAGUCAACUCAACUGUGGUAUCAGCUGGAAUUAUACGUGUUUUUGGUCAUGAAGUUGCUGAACUUCCUUUGGUCGCCACUAGUAAUGGUAACCAUGGCAAGGGCUACUUCCAAUUAUUGUUUUCCUGCGUUGAGAAGCUGCUAGCUUUCUUGAGUGUGAAGAGUAUUGUGCUGCCGGCUGCUGAAGAAGCAGAAUCCAUAUGGACUGACAGAUUUGGUUUUACAAAAAUGAAGCCGGAACAGCUUACCAACUACAGAAGAACUUGCUACCAAAUGGUGACCUUCAAAGGAACAUCGAUGCUACAUAAACGGGUUCCCGAGUGUCGGGUUGUAAGUACGUGAGAGAAGGGGAAAACGGAGGGAGAUUUUUCAUUUUUGUUUUCUGAUCUUUUAUUAUUAGCAAGCUUUUUGUUUCCAGUUCGUAUAAAAUUUUAUGAAUUAGAACUUUCAAGCCUCCGCUCUUCAUCUGAACCUUUUUUUUAUUUUUUAUUCUUUUUAUUGAACGUCAGCUAAGUAGCUAGAUUUCCAUUUCUUCUCUUAGCAAUAUAUACAUCUUCUGCCUG